GCCAUCUCCCCCUCUCUUUUUGUGUCUCUAUCCAUCUGUCUGCGUGCUUACGUCAAUCAUCAUCUGAAGUGCUUCUACGUACUCCUACAUAUACCUGCUAUGUACUGUCUCCUUCCGUUAAACGUUAACUUUACCUUCUCUGUAGAACGGUUCAAGAUACUGUCUUCACUCUCUCUCGCCCCUUCCAAAUCCUACGUAUACCAUUUCCAAUCCAUAAUUAUUACCACACUCUCAUCACUUGUGCUGCUUUAUUUUUCACUUCGCAACGUCAGCUCCUGUUCCUUUUUCACUGUUUCCCUAAGUUUUCCUGAUAUUACUGUUGUCUGAAUUGCACGAGUUUUAAAAUAAUAUUAUUCUCUUAUUCUCAUCACUCCUUAAUUUUUUGCCAUCUCUUUUCCCCACACACUGUGUGUAUUAUAGUGUGUACAGUAAUCUCCUUCAGCUGGUGUCGACUCUCAACAAAGAGAUAGUGUCAAAACUACAACAGCCUGCUGCAAAGCCGUCACCUAGUACCACCUCUGCAUCUGGCACUACUUCAACCUCUGCUGCUGCCAGUUCUAGUCGAAUGAGAGGUGAUUAUGAUCCUUUACGAGUGGGGCCUCCUCGUCAUCCGGGCGUGUCACCUGCCAAUCCAUUGUGAGUGUGUGUUGGACUUAGCCUCCUCACAUUGUGUUUUUUGUCACUCUCGGUGGAAAGUAUCUGUGUUGUACGUCAUACAUUGGAGUAUGAAUUGGUGCCUUGUACAGGAUGUGCUAAAACAUUGGGACCAUUUUGUACACGUCUACACGUUACCUUUAGGCAAUGCAUCCAAGUGGGAGUAUACAGUCAAGUCGGUGUGUAUUAAAAUACACUUAUGUAUCACCGUUCCUGCUUCAGUCUGUGUUAUACCAACCCCCUCUCUAUGCAGUGGGAUGCCCACACCUUUUGGCUAUGGAGAUGCUGACCGAUUUCCCUUCGGGGGCGGGGGUGGAGGGAUGGUUUUUGAUCCACUGAGAGGCGGAGGGAGAAUGGGGGGAGGUGGUGGGUUUGGUGGCCCCCCAGGACCAUUUCCUCCACCAGGGUAUGUGCCGGGUGCAAGGUGGGAUCCAGUGACUCCAUUUGGUGGUGGACUGCCAGCCAGAGGUGGAGGGAGACCUGGUAGACAUCAUGGUGAGCCAGAUCCUGACCACCUACCACCUCCUGGCAGUGACGACAUGUUUUCAUAGUCUGCAAACUGUCUGUGUCAGUGUCCAUCACAUUUGUGUUUGUAGAGUAUUCACUUAUAGAGAGAGAGAGAGCUGUAUUGUCACCAGUAUAUUAUACUCGUGUCGUUUUUGG